AUGGCAAAAUGAAUCUUUUUUUCUUUAAAUGUGCUUCUAAAUUACAAAUAGGUCUAAACGUUAUUAAUGCACACAACAGUUGGUAGUGAGAAACAGCUUUAUUUCCAUGUGUUUGACAUCAUUGGAAAGCUUAGAAACCACAAGUUUCACAAUAUGAAAGUUACUCAAAAUGCCCUGAGAUGAACUGUUCAUGAUAAUAAGUCAGUUCAGAGACUAAAACUUUCAUUCAGGUUGUGUAAAUUAAGAUGUUGUGUUAAAGUGAGUGUUUGUUAAACGGGUAAAAUGAUCCUCGGCCCGAACCUGUUUGAGAAACUCUGAUCUGAAGUUACAGUUGGUCCCAUUUUGCUUCGUUCCAACUACAGUUCAGGUCCGUUUGAUCAUUUUCAUGUACAAACUGAGCACCAACUCAGACAUUUGAAUACAAAGCAUAUCGCACCGCUGUGCUGGAGUGAGAGGAGUUUCAUUACGACGGUUCAUCCUUCAGUUCUGGAGCAAACGCAGCUUCUUCCUCAGAACCUCCAGGACCUGGAAACCCAAACCCGGCAGCAUGUGUGGCCCGUUCUCCGGCUUCCAGGGGAUUAUUCGCCUGGUGGAGAUGAUAUCCAGCGCUCUGGCUCUGGUCGUCGUCCUGUUCAGAGGCAGGAUGGUCGCCCCCUGGGGCGUUUGGUGUGAGUUCGUCUGGGUGUUGUGCAUCGUCGUCCCCUUGGCGCUGCUUGUGGUGGAGAGCAGAGGCUGGCACAUCCUGCUGGCGGCCUUCCUCCCCAACUGGGCCGACCUGACCCUGGGCCUGACAGCCGUGUGCUGCAUCUCCGUGGUCUCCGCCACGGUGGCCUUCGCUGCCGUUUUUGUCUGCCUCACCUGCAUUGGGAACAUCCUGUGCUUCAUCUUCUCGCUGGUCGCCACGGUGUGCUUUCUGGUCGACGUCAUCAAGCAGAAGACGGCGUUCGGCAGCGGCUACAUGUCCAGCCUGAGAGGAACCCUCCGCAUAUCGGAGGCAUUUGUCGCCUGCAUGAUCCUCACCGCCGCCGUCGACCAUUUUGUGAGAGGGGAGUGGUUCUACAAACCUUUCGGGAUGAUACUGUGCGCCGUUAUCUUUGGAGUUUGCCUCCUGGUCACCGCGGCCAUCAUCGUCCUCAACCUGCUGAAGCUUCUGCAGUGUCUGCUGGUGUUCAGGCUGAACCUGGUGGAGUUUGUGUCCAACUUGGUGGCGGUGGUGCUGUACCUGCUGGCUGUCAUCCUCUGGACCGUGUUUGGCUACAGACGCUACAGGCACAACCCUUACACCUGCAUCAAAUGUUCCUACGCAGACAUGAAUGCCGUCACGGUGGGAAGCGCUUUGAACCUCAUCCUUUACAUUGUAGACCUGGUUCUGUCCAUUAAGUCACUGUAGAAAAGUUCAGCUGUGACUUCACUGUCCUGGACUCCAUCACUUGGUGAAUAAAGACAAAAACAGCUGUGAAGUUUGGCUAGAGAAUAAUUUUAUGUGACUGUCAGGUAUUUUUGGUUUAGUUUCUGGUGCAAAUAUCUUAGUUCACUUCAAAUAAGACAAAACUAACAUUUCAAUAACUUUCUAAGCUAGAUGUAGAGGCUUAUUUUAAGUAAAUAACUCCUUAAUACUGA